AUUGGUCCUCUGUCUCAGUCUUUCUCUUAUGUCUGCUUCUUCACUGGGUUUUGGUUUGAAACCUGAAGGCUGGAUCCAUCAGGAUUUUCAAAGGGAAUGAACUCAUAAGGAAGAGCAUAUGGGAUUUGAAACUUGAAACCUGGUUCCAAAGGGAUUUUCAAAGGCUGGUUCCAUCAGGAUUUGAAAAUUGAAACCUGAAGGCUAGUUCAAUCCCGAUGACUUUCAUUGUGCAGUUUUAAAUCAACUCACUGCCUGGAAAGAAAUUGCAGGUUGCACUAAACUGCCGGUUCGAUAACCAAUUGCCAGCAAAGUGGGUGCUGUGCUACCGGAGACGACAGAAGGAGAUAAGGGUAUGUUGGGUAGAAAAAACUGAUUCCGGGUUGAGCUUUUCUUCCGGAAUCCAAAUACCACCUAUUGGUUGGUAAUUUGAUUCCAGGCAAAUCAUGAAUCUGAUUCCUUAUUUUUUGUGAGCCCCACACACAAUUUUAGUAAACACAUGAAUCAAUUGGAAUGAAUGCAAUUCCCAUUCCUGUCAUUCCAUUCCCCACCCGUAAACAAAGGGAUAUUCAAUCCUUAUUCCAAUGGAUUUGUGCAUGUCGGUUUAUUUUCUUUUACUGGGCCACAAAAGGAAAACCCAAGCCCAUCGCAUACCCGAAAUGCAAACCCCUAAUUUAUACGGAGAUCCGAUCUACUAAUGGAAUCGGGGAAAUCUCCCGAAUAAGAUUCAAAGUCAGUAAAUUGAGUACCCAAAAACCCUAAAUUCCUGAAUUAAAAUCUCAAUCCCAGCUCAAAUCCUGGUACUAAAUUCUCGAUACCAAAACCCUAGUCAUGGCGUCCGACGACGAGAUAGAGAAGACGCAGGAAGAGAGGAAGAGGAUGGAGAAGCAAUUGGCCUCCCUCACCUCCGUCACCUUCGACACAGACCUCUACGGCGGCACCGACAAGGGCGCAUACGUCUCGUCCAUCCCUGUGAACGACGACGAUGACAACGCGGAGGCCAUGGACAAUGAAAUUGCUCGGAGGAUGGCGGCGUCGUACACGGCCCCCAAGUCGGUGCUGAACGAGAGGCCGAGAGGCGGCGACGCCGAUGAGGAUUUGGGGUUCAAGAAGCCGCAGAGGAUUAUCGAUAGGGAGGAUGAUUAUCGACAGCGGAGGUUGAACCGUAUCAUAUCGCCUGAGCGGCACGACCCGUUUGCGUCCGGGGAGAAGACUCCGGACCCGUCGGUGAGGACUUAUGCCGAUGUGAUGAGGGAGGAAGCCCUGAAGAGGGAGAAGGAUGAGACUCUGAAGCUUAUUGCUAAGAAGAUGAAGGAGAAAGAGGAGGCGCCGCCGGAAAAGGAGGAUAAGCCUGCUGCUGCUGAGGCGGUGCCCCAAAAGAGGAGGAAUCGGUGGGACCAGUCUCAGGAUGGUGAUGGUGGGGGCAAGAAGGCAAAAACGUCGGAUUGGGACUUACCGGAUACGACGCCAGGAAAGUGGGACGCAACUCCGACGCCAGGGAGGGUUUCGGAUUCGACUCCAUCACUGGGGAGGAGGAACCGCUGGGAUGAGACACCCACUCCGGGGCGGGUGGCAGAUUCGGAUGCUACUCCAGCUGGUGCUGUCACUCCCGGUGCCACCCCUGCUGGGAUGGCUUGGGAUGCGACUCCGAAGCUUCCUGGGAUGGCCACACCGACACCGAAACGGCAGAGGUCAAGGUGGGAUGAGACCCCUGCCUCAAUGGGCAGUGCGACCCCAAUGGCUGGGGCAACCCCUGCUGCUGCCUAUACACCUGGUGUGACCCCUGUAGGUGGAGUUGAACUUGCCACCCCAACCCCCGGGGCUAUUAAUGUGAGGGGAGCCAUUACGCCAGAGCAGUAUAAUCUAUUGAGGUGGGAGAAGGAUAUUGAAGAGAGGAAUAGACCAUUGACUGAUGAAGAGCUGGAUGCUAUGUUUCCUCAAGAAGGGUAUAAAGUUUUGGACCCACCGUCUUCUUAUGUGCCGAUUAGGACUCCGGCGAGGAAGCUUCUGGCUACCCCGACUCCAAUGGGGACUCCUAUGUAUUCUAUUCCGGAAGAGAAUCGUGGGCAGCAGUUUGAUGUGCCUAAGGAGUUGCCUGGUGGGUUACCAUUUAUGAAGCCCGAGGACUAUCAGUACUUUGGGGCGUUGCUGAAUGAAGAUGAGGAGGAGGAAUUGUCACCUGAUGAGCAGAAAGAGCGGAAGAUUAUGAAGCUUUUGCUUAAAGUUAAGAAUGGAACACCACAGCAGAGAAAGACAGCGUUGAGGCAGCUUACGGAUAAGGCUCGUGAGUUUGGUGCUGGCCCCUUGUUUAACCGCAUUUUGCCUCUGCUUAUGCAACCCACUUUGGAAGACCAAGAGAGGCAUCUUUUGGUUAAGGUAAUUGAUCGAGUGCUUUAUAAAUUGGAUGAGUUGGUACGUCCUUAUGUGCAUAAAAUUCUUGUUGUUAUUGAACCUUUGUUGAUUGAUGAAGACUAUUAUGCACGUGUUGAAGGGAGAGAAAUUAUCUCCAAUCUUAGUAAAGCAGCUGGUUUGGCUACUAUGAUUGCAGCCAUGCGUCCGGAUAUUGAUAACAUUGAUGAAUAUGUUAGGAACACUACUGCCAGAGCUUUUAGUGUUGUUGCUUCUGCACUUGGUAUACCUGCACUGUUGCCAUUUUUGAAAGCCGUGUGUCAGAGCAAGAAGUCUUGGCAAGCACGGCACACUGGAAUCAAGAUUGUUCAGCAGAUUGCCAUUUUGAUCGGGUGUGCUGUACUUCCCCACUUGAGGUCUCUUGUGGAAAUUAUUGAGAAUGGUCUGAGUGAUGAAAAUCAGAAGGUUCGUACAAUUACUGCUUUAUCUCUUGCUGCUCUCGCUGAGGCUGCUGCCCCAUAUGGUAUUGAGAGCUUUGACUCUGUGUUGAAGCCAUUGUGGAAGGGUAUUAGGUCUCACCGUGGAAAGGUUUUGGCUGCCUUCUUGAAGGCAAUUGGUUUUAUUAUUCCCCUUAUGGAUGCAAUGUAUGCCAGUUACUAUACAAAGGAAGUGAUGGUUGUUUUGAUUAGAGAGUUCCAGUCUCCCGAUGAAGAGAUGAAGAAAAUUGUGCUCAAAGUUGUCAAACAGUGUGUGAGUACAGAAGGUGUAGAGCCUGAGUAUAUAAGAAGUGAUAUUCUUCCUGAGUUCUUCAAAAACUUCUGGGUUAGAAGGAUGGCUUUGGAUAGGAGAAACUACAGGCAAUUGGUGGAAACAACCGUGGAGAUAGCAAACAAAGUGGGUGUUGCUGAUAUAGUUGGGAGAAUUGUUGAGGAUCUCAAAGAUGAGAGUGAACCUUAUAGGAGAAUGGUUAUGGAGACAAUCGAGAAGGUGGUUGUGAACUUGGGUGCAUCUGACAUUGAUGCUCGGUUGGAGGAGCUUCUCAUUGAUGGUAUCCUUUAUGCUUUCCAAGAGCAGACGAGUGAUGAUGCAAAUGUGAUGCUUAAUGGAUUCGGUGCGGUUGUGAAUUCUCUUGGUCUAAGGGUAAAACCUUACCUUCCUCAGAUUUGUGGUACCAUUAAGUGGCGUUUGAAUAACAAGAGUGCAAAGGUCAGACAGCAAGCUGCAGAUCUUAUUUCUAGAAUUGCUGUUGUUAUGAAGCAGUGCCAAGAGGAGCAACUGAUGGGUCAUCUUGGUGUUGUCUUGUAUGAGUAUUUGGGAGAAGAGUAUCCAGAAGUUUUGGGAUCAAUUCUGGGAGCGCUGAAGGCAAUUGUGAAUGUUAUUGGUAUGACAAAGAUGACCCCUCCUAUAAAGGAUUUGCUUCCCAGGUUGACACCAAUUUUGAAGAAUAGGCAUGAGAAAGUCCAGGAGAACUGUAUUGACCUUGUCGGUCGUAUUGCUGAUCGCGGUGCUGAGUUUGUUCCCGCAAGGGAGUGGAUGAGGAUCUGUUUUGAGCUUCUUGAGAUGCUCAAGGCUCAUAAGAAGGGUAUCCGGCGAGCUACAGUGAAUACUUUUGGGUACAUUGCCAAAGCCAUUGGUCCACAAGAUGUCCUCGCAACUCUAUUGAACAAUCUCAAAGUGCAGGAGCGUCAGAACCGUGUUUGCACCACUGUGGCAAUCGCAAUAGUAGCUGAAACCUGUUCGCCUUUCACAGUUCUUCCGGCCCUGAUGAAUGAGUAUCGUGUUCCAGAGCUUAAUGUGCAGAAUGGUGUUUUGAAAUCCCUUUCGUUCUUGUUUGAGUACAUCGGUGAAAUGGGAAAGGACUAUAUCUAUGCAGUGACCCCGCUGCUAGAGGAUGCCCUCAUGGAUAGAGAUCUGGUUCACAGGCAAACUGCUGCUUCUGCUGUCAAGCACAUGGCUCUGGGAGUAGCGGGAUUGGGAUGCGAGGAUGCUUUGGUCCACUUGCUGAACUACGUCUGGCCAAACAUAUUUGAGACAUCCCCGCACGUUAUCAACGCGGUCAUGGAAGCGAUUGAAGGGAUGAGAGUGGCGUUAGGUGCUGCGGUUGUGCUCAACUACUGUCUCCAGGGGCUGUUCCAUCCUGCUAGGAAGGUUAGAGAGGUGUACUGGAAGAUUUACAACUCACUGUAUAUCGGAGCUCAAGAUGCUCUUGUUGCAUCGUACCCGAUGCUCGAGGAUGAGGAACAUAACGUAUAUACCCGGCCCGAGCUAAUGAUGUUUGUAUGAGCGGCUGCUGCUGUGGCCGACCGGAUUUAGGAAUGGAGCUGCUGAUUAUGGUUUACCAUGCUUUGCCGAUUUACUUCUUAGUUGUUGUAUUCUCUUCUAAAUCAGUAAAAUUGUGGUAUUGUUGCUGAAACUCGUUUUAAAAACUCGUUCGAUCGCAGGAUUUUGCGUUCUUUUCGAUUUUCUGCGAUUCUAGUGCGGUGAGAAUACUUCAAAUUGUAGUUGUACUAAUAAAAACCAACUGCCCCAUAUCGGAAAAAUAAUUAUUCAUAAAUAUAUGUUAAAAA